UUACGAUUCGAGAUUUUUCACAAGAAAAUGAAGUAUAUUACGAGUUGUCAUUUAAUACGUUGCCGGCGUAACUACGAAUUUGGCCAUAAAUAACGAAGUGCAAAUAAUUUGGAAUGAGAAAAAUUAAUCAUAAUGGAAUUUUAAUAGUUUUUUCCAUCUCGGAACUAUUCGUGUGGGUCCAUCUUAAUAUACGAGUUGUUCAACUCGCUAGUCAAUGCAGGCACUUUGUUGUAUCUUAUUCACGGUUUUUGAGGGUUAUUUUUGCAUGCGAGGUGACGAUUUGUGAUAAGGAAAUACCUUCCGUACAUCGAAUGUAAUUAUGCGAAUUCGAUUAGUUGUUGUUAUGGUAAUAUAUAAAUAUUGGAUACAUUCAGUAUGAAUGAACCACACUCUACACUAGAUGCGUAAAAGAUUCCCGCGCACUGCGUGUUGGUUGUAAAAUUUAUAUGGUUCCAAGGCAGAGCCGCCAUGAUGGCUAUCUGUAUUACACGCUUAACAUGCAAAGUUUCGAAGUUGUUUUACUGUAUUUGUGACUGAGUGCGUGUAAACAAAAACAAUGGGAACGUACUAAAGAAUACAAAGAAUCGUUUAGUGCCCGUCUCGGACGGUCCGAGGCACGGGAAGGUCGAUUUUAAGGUGUAUUUAUAUGUUGGCCUUGUCGUGUGGUGUGAGCUGUCAACAAAUAUGUCCAAGCUUUCGUUUAGGGCGAGGGCCCUCGAUGCUAGCAAACCAAUGCCAAUUUUCAUGGCGGAGGAACUCCCGGAUCUUCCUGAUUACUCAGCGAUUAACCGGGCUGUUCCUCAAAUGCCGUCUGGAAUGGAAAAAGAGGAGGAAUGUGAGCAUCAUUUGCAACGUGCAAUUUGUGCGGGGCUUAUCAUUCCCACACCCGAGGUGACUGCCAUUUCAGAUGAAGAGGCCUAUCAAAAGCUCUAUCCCGCAAACUAUAAGCAACCUCGACAACUUAUUCAUAUGCAACCUUUUACAAUGGAACAAGAUAUCAUCGACUAUGAUAUGGAUUCUGAUGAUGAAAGGUGGUUAAUGUCUCAAACGCAAAGAUUGGAAUUAACACCAUUGAAGUUCGAAGAGAUGAUGGAUAAGCUGGAGAAAAGCAGCGGACAGACAGUCGUUACACUAAACGAGGCCAAAGCUCUCCUUAAAGAGGACGAUGAUCUCAUCAUUGCUGUGUUCGAUUAUUGGCUGAAUAAGAGGCUGAAAACGGUGAGCAGAAAUUUGAUGCAACAUCCGUUGAUUUUGCACGUCAAAACAGAACACCGACAGGGUAUGGCGGGUAAUAAUCCGUAUAUAGCGUUUAGGCGGAGAACAGAAAAAAUGCAAACCCGGAAAAAUCGCAAAAAUGAUGAGUCGUCGUACGAGAAAAUGCUUAAACUACGUAGGGAUCUAUCUCGGGCGGUCACCUUGUUGGAGCUAAUCAAAAGGAGAGAGAAAAUGAAGAGGGAGUUUGUACAUCUGACGGUGGAGGUGUUCGAAAAGAGGUAUCAAGCGAAGGACUUUAGUGGCAGCGUUAUUGCCGAAUUAUCGGCAAUUAAGUCGUCACGUCCCGCUUUCACGCCUAUUUUCCAUAACCACUACAAUCAGGGAUGGUCGUCCAAGCCUAUUCUUAAAGAUGAAAUUAUACCUCGUAAGGAAAAGAGACAGUACAAAAAGAGGAAACACAAAUUAUCAAAUCAUAGAUUAGGAUCGGGCAUGCUCGAUUUCGGUAAUUUGUCUUCUGACGAAGAGCUUCUGCCCCACGCUUCUCCAGAACCAGAAGAUGUUGAAGAUGAAGGGCAGUUCGCCUUUCGUCGCAACAAGAUGUGUACCUACCAUAUGCCACAAAAGACUGAAGGUAACUGGCCGUGGUGUUCGCGAGAAGAGAACGGUUCUUGCGAUAAGAGGUAUCGAUUCACACUGACAUCGUUAUCAAACCCUCGACGUUGCAUCGGUUUCGCGAGGAGAAGAUUGGGGCGCGGUGGUCGCGUCAUUUUAGAUCGAGUAGCGACCGAUGUGGACGACUUUUGGAGGAAUGUCGAUUUUACGAUAUACGAUCCGAAAUUAGUAUCAAGUGAAAUCAAAAGUGAAAGUUGCGCAGACUCAAUUACUAAUUUAGAUGUAGGUAGUCACUUAAAUAACCAUUCAAAUUAUUUUAAAACGGACAUUAAAAACGAAGUAAUUGUUGAAAAUAGUCAUUUACGGACAAGUGUGAGUGAGGGUGCGUUUAGUGAAAAUGGUUGUACGGUCAAACAAGAGCCGGAGGAGAGCGUCGAAGAAUGGAGCAUACCUGCUGAAAGUAAUUUUCCGAAAGAACAACAACAGGAAAUGGUCGAAUUUCUUCAAGAAGUUAGGAAGGAUUGGUUGCAUUUUCGACCGAAAACGCCACCUUCGAACUACGAACCACCAUGCCACCUGUUACCUGCAGAAGACGACGUAUUUAUACCUAGUGCCAACACUCCAUUCUCAUUAGAAAUACAAACAUUGGAAGCUCCUAGUUCGCUUCUCGAUACGUCCAACUUUGUCACAACGCCGUUCUCGCUCGAAGAAAUAAUCGCUUCAAAUAACAUUGAAGUACCCGUGACGGACACGAGGCAAUCAAGUGAUACAAAUGUGCAAACGGGCAUUAAUCUGAACGUUAAUGUCGGGUUGAAUACGCUUACUACCAGUGUUAAUAGUAGUUUUACUUCCAAUAUUAGUCUUACGGACAAUUACGACGAUAGUACGGUAACAUAUGACACUCUUGAUGGUGAUAGAACUAUAGGUUGUUCGGUGUUUAGCGUUUCUAAUAUUAGUGAUAGUGCAGAUGAACAGCAUGAAAAACAAUCGAUAUUAUCAAACACCUUAACUAGUCCAAAAACGAACAGUGUUAGUCUUUCCUUUGAUUCCAGCAGGCGAAAAUCCGUUAACGAAACAAUUAACAAUGUGAAUGGGGUAUUAACACAGAUUGGAUUCGAUGGUGAAAAGUGGAAGAACAACAAAUUUCAUACAUACGCUUACAAAAACGUGGGAGGCAACUCCAGUGCACCUUCCAGCACACUUAACAUUCGUACCUCCACACAUUCUCUUAAUACGCUUAAUAGUCAUAGUGCCAACAUUUUGGAAAUACCACUAACUAACGAUUCGGAUACAAUAUCUCAUAAACAAUGUACAGAAUCGAAUUCAACACCUCCCAACAAUAAAAGUAAAGCCAUAAUUCAAAAAAAUAAUUUCGUUAUGGAAGUAACCUGAUGCUCAACCUUAGGCCUGCAUUUUAUAAUCGGUGCAGGAAGACGUCUUCUCCUUCAGUCGUUGAAAAUCGCCGUAAGCUUCGAGUAUGGGUUUCAAUUUAGAUGGCAUCUGUUUUUUUAAAUCACGAAGUGAUGGUACCUGGUUAGUGUUUAAAAACAAAAAAAAAAUAGCUUAUUUUCUAUAAAGUAAAAGUGUAAUAUGUGUAAACCUGUAAGUUUAUAACGUGCUGGCACAAAGUAUUCUCCUCGUAGCUGAUGGUGUGAUAGUGAUUUCUAGAUAAAUAAAUGUCCAAAACUGGAGCUUUAAUUGAAUCGUGUAUGCGACGAAAUGAUGGAUCGCUUCUUACAGCUUUUGGUUAUAACAUAUUGUGUUGACGCAUAUUACAUUUUCGCUCGAAAGAAAAUGUGUCGCAAUUUUUUUUAAUCUGUCGUAUUGCCAUGAUUACACAACCCGAAGUAGUUUCAGUGUUCCACUGAGGCAAAUUUAAAAAAAUGUUCACAACCGAACACUGAUGGCAAUAUUCGUAACGAGGUCUCAAUUUUGUUAUGAAAAUAGCCCUUAGUAUUACAAAAUGGAAAUGUAUUGUGUUCACUGUACCGUUACUCAUCAUUAAGCUUUUUACGCUGUAUUCGUCUGAAAAUGGCCGACAUUUUAUGUGCUGCUGUAAUAUAUCAAAUUGUUUUUUAUUAGGAAUUGUUCUAAU